ACGGUUUGCGGUGUCACCAGUGAUGGUCGGUUCAGGGAAAGUGGAAUCGGACUUGAGCGUAAGCUUUCAGGAACUGUUGGAGGCAAUCGGAAGGGCAAAACCUUCCGACCGCGCCCUGUACGAUGCUUUCGCUCCGGUAAGAAAACGCAUAUGGCGCAAAAGGUGUAUCCGCUGGCUGUCCGGUGCGGUGUGUCUGGCGGCCAUCGGGUUGGUGGUGUACUACAUCCCGUGGGUGAACUGGCAGGUAACGGCCGUUGGUCGGUUAAUCAUGAUCGAACUGUUACCCUACUGGGACUGGACCCCGCUGUACCGUGGCAAGUGUUUAAUAGCAAAGGCGAAAGAAACUGAUGCCCCGAAAAAGUAUGCACCGAUCACUUCAUUUCCGGAAGAUUGUGUUGUGUGUCGAAAUUUUGAUGCGGUGCCAGUGCGUACCAAUGUGACAUACGAAGCGUUAUAUCGAGAUCACCUUAUACGUAAUGUACCGAUCAUCGUGUCCGAUGUGCAUCUCCCUUGGGACCAACAUCCUCGGUACGGAAGUGAUUGGGACAGCUUCUUGCUGGAUCUCGAGGACCUGCUACUGGCGAGCCCUUGUGAUUUCCGCACGAAUCUUCUAUUCAGCCCACGAACUGCUAAAGCUCCAGCAAUAGCACGUAUGGUCGAUCUGCUCGCCAGCAAUCGGAGCGGGUAUGGAAAUGGCAUCGCACGUGGUUGGUUUGUGCAGUUUCGAAACUGUGCCUUGCCACCGAUCAAGAAAACGCGCACCAUGUUCGAGAAACCCUACUUUUACGCCACCCAUUGGGAACCGCCCUAUACAAACUGGUUGCUGCUGUCCCGCGCUUUUCACCCGGGGGCACCAGAGCUGACACCAAACAUGGCCGGUCUCGUAAUAGUACAUCAGAUGCGAGCAAGGCUAAGCGUUACGCUUCGGCCGCGGACAGAGUGUAAGGACAGUUGUCGUGCGCUGUCACUAACGUUACACCAGCAACAAUCGCUGCUAUUCUCAACCAGCUUGUGGAACUUUAGCUACCUACCAUCGGAUGGCAACGAAACGUCUGUAACAUUUAUCACCGAAACGUACGAAAGUUUGUGAAACAGAUGCGUCGAAAUUAUUAAGAAACCUGCAAUAUUACCUUAUCUCAGCUUAAUUGGCACUCUUUCUCAAAUCGGCGUUUGAACCAAUAGAACAACUCAAAACAACAAUCGAUAAUGUGUGUUGCAUUAGCAAAUAAUCUGAUAUCUAAGCAAGAACAAAGUACAACAAAUAAAACCAACGUUCGAUUCAGUAAUGUUUAGUUGAUUU